ACUUCCCUUUUCACGCCGCAAGGGCGCAGCCAUUUUUUUAUUAAUUUUCGAUUACUAUUUCUAUUAACACGACAGGGUAAAAAUACUAAAUUACGCAUUGGCACUAUUUAAUUUCUAUUUUUCAGAUCGGAACUGCUUGUUUGGAUAAAAUUUGUCUUCUAGUUAGUUUUUAAUUCUAAAAAGGAACAUUUGUCCCUUAAAAACGCCAAACGAAAUUCAAAGUUAAAAUGUAAAAAUCCUUUCGAUUUUUUGUCUGACGUAGUAAUGAGAAAUGAGCAAAAACAACUAUAAUUUUCCCUAAAAAAGAAUAGUUCAUGUUCCUAGGCUGAUGAAACUCUACCAUCUGGUUCUACGAACAGUCUGUAUUGGUUUAGGAAAACCAUCAUUCGGAUUGAUUCGACAAUCAGAUAACCCAAUUAGUAACGUAACUGUUUCACACUAUAUUUGGAGAAGCUCUUCAACUACCAACUGGGGAUCUAAUAAACACAGAAUACGCCAAGUUCAGCUUACAAGAAAACUAGCAAUGACUGAUCCAGCAAUAGAAGCGUUUUUGGCACCCCUGAGGAAAGCUGUUAAAGAGCAGGUACAUUUGUGACUUCAUGAUAUUAUUUCUUUUUUUGGGUCACAAAAUGAAGAACCCAAGAAUUCAAUGCUUAUAGCUGACGUUAGUUGUAGUAUUAGAGUUUGCAGUCUGUUACUACUAACUCUAACUACUUUUGUGAACUACAAUUACAUGUUACUGUUACUGUAAUUUUACUACAUAAGUACAAGUCAUGAUAAGUACAAGUUAAUUUACUGUUACAAAAUACAAUUAAGGCUGCGACUAUUUGUACCCUACCAGGAGUGAGAGGUUGGGAUUAAAAAACUAUUUAAAAUAUUAUUGUUGGGUUUGUAAGACACAAUGACAAUGAGGUAUCAAAUGAAAGAUAAUUGGGCAAUUGGGCUGAUUCUUAGUUUUCACCCUGUGAUGUCAUUUGCGUGUUUUUUAUACUUUAUUGUUGCAAUGAAAAAGGGUUCAGGUUAGGCAUAAGGGAUCGAUUUAGGAUUCAGGUUGGUUAGGCAUAAGGAUCAUUUAGGGUUCAGGUUAUCAUAAGGAUUGAUUUAUGGAUUCAUUAGUGUUAACCAAGAUGGCGGCCAUCGCAGGAUGUUCUCUAAUAAUUUACUGAUAAUUGAAUGGACUAUGUAUAUCUUAUGUUUGUAAACUUACUUCUUCAGUUUAACUAAAAUAAACUACCACAAAUGACAUCCGAAUAGCUUGAGUCUAAUGGUACCCGGGUGCGAAUGGUGGCGCUGCGUGUCUGGGUUCAUUUUAAUGUAUUAUUAGGUGUUGUGUCUCAAUUUUGUGACAGAUGUGUAAAGAUUUAUAUAUAUGGAGUGGGGGUAAAAAGUUAAUUUGACCCCUUUGACAAAAAAGCUAGACAAUGGUUUACAAUCCUGCUUGAGUUCACUGAGCGAAUUGUUUUGCAGAAGAAACCCACUGCCCACAUUUUUUUAUGAAGACCAGAACUAAAGACGCCAAGGUUGGCAAUGCUUUUGGGGGGGAAAAAAAUUUUCAUAAGGAAAAAUUUAAUUUCAACAUUCAGCAAUAGAUUAAUUAACUGUGGCGCUGGUAUUGGAGUGCCAAGAUUAAGAACUGAUAAAUGUUUUUGACCAAAAAAAAAUUGUAAUUAAUGUAAAGUAGCUGAUAAUUCUGUUUUGAUAUAAAUUCACAAUUUACUUUCACACUUCCAUAAGUAUUUGAUUUUAAAUUAGAUUAAUUAUGACUGAACCUUAUUUGUCAGAAAUAAAAACACUUUAAGACAUAAUUUUAAAAAUAAUUAUUUAUUAACAGGGUGAUAUUGUGAAACAAUUAAAAGCUGAUGGAGCUGGUGAUAUUGAUUUACAAAGAGCUGUUGCUGAACUCAAGCAUAGAAAAAAGGCUUUGGAAGAUAAGGUAAUUUGGUGUUAAUUUGCUGUCCUCUUGGAUACAUCAGUUUAUUUUUAUAUUUUAUUAUUUUGUGUUUGCACUGUUCACUGAAGAAGGCUUCUUGCAGAAAUGUUUGUUUUGUUCUAUUCUUUCUUUUUCAGAUUUUCUUUGUUUUAUAUAUUUCAUUUUAAAUUGUACAUGUAAAAUAAUUUUAUGUUUUUUGCUUAUUAUUUUAAGGUUAUAUGGUUUUUAUGGUUAUAAAGACAUAAUAUAUUUUAAUUACAGGAACUUGAACUUUCUCCAAAAGAUGCUUUUGAUCGAUUAAAGAUGGAGGAUCUUUUAAAGCAAAAGUUUUUCUUUGACCAGUCAUUUGCCAUUUAUGGGGGUAUGUACCAAUAUGUAUUUAUCUACAUAAAUUUGAGGAUUCAAUUUUUAAAUUUUAUUUUUGAAAAUACUUUUGUACCUGAAAGAGAAAAAUAAACCUGUAGUGCAUUCAACUGUGUGCAUUCAUUAAAUCCUGUUUUUUUUUUUGAGUUAUCGAAAGAUAUAUCUUUUAGAUGAGCUAUCGUUACCACUUCAGAGUGUAACAUACAAUUUGUCUAAAUUGUUUUCUUUGACCACCAACUGGUAAAUAAGACAUAUUUGCAAUGAUAUUUUAUAUGUGCUAACUUUUAAGUAAUUUUUUUGAUAGGAAAAUGAUUACACCUCUGAAAGUAUUUGGAGAAACAAAUAAGACAUAAAACUUAAGAAUCCAAUAUUCUUACUAAAUCAUGGGGUAUAUGAAAAAAAAUUGAGCAUAGAUGGUACAAAUAACAAUAAUAUUUUGUUGUUGUUUUGGCUCCUAUAUGUCUUAUAUCUAAAGAAUUGUAUUUUGUGGAAGAAGUUAUUGUAUGUCAAUUAUUUUUUUUAACAGGUGUAAAUGGUCUGUAUGACUUUGGCCCUAUGGGUUGUGCUAUGAAAGCUAAUCUUCUUCAGGCAUGGAGGAAACAUUUUAUUCUUGAAGAGCAGAUGCUGGAGGUAGACACAGCCAUGCUUACCCCUGAACAAGUUCUGAAGUUAGUUGUAAUCUUCUUAGUUUUUAAGAUUAAACUUUUUACAAAGUUCUUUUUAAUAAAAAAAAAUGUCUUGAGACAUUACAAAAAAUUGACUUAAUGCACCCCCCACUUCUUAUUCAAAUUAAAAAGGUACUAAUAAGAAACCCUUUGAUAAAAAUUUAUUUUCAAUUUUGUUUACUCAAUAGAGCAUCAGGCCAUGUAGAUAGAUUUCAAGAUUACAUGGUGAAAGAUUUGAAAACUGGAGAAUGUUUCAGAGCUGAUCACCUCAUUGAAGGUAACAAAUUAUUAAUAUUCUGUGCAUGGCAGAAAAAAACCUGGUGCAAGCGUAACUUGGACACCCCUAUACAUUAUCUAACUCAUGCAAGUUAACCUAUACACCUACUCUUGUGGGUUUUAAUAAAAAUAUAUAAUUGUGAACGGUUUAAAAUAAUUAAUGUAUUGUAACUCUCCAGAUAACUCCUAAUAUUUCUACUGGAAGACAAUAUUACAACUCAAAUACAAACAUUUUGAAAAAUUAAUUUUCAGGUUUAUGGUUUGGGGAAGUUUAAAAUUAUUUCAACUGUAUCGAUCAUAGAUGCUAAUUCAUGUCCUAUAAAUGUUACAUUGUAACCAGUGAGUAGUUUCUGAGCCAUCUUAAAGCAAAUACGUUUUUAUACAAUUAAUUUAGAAAAUAUCCUUUAUGAACUUGAUACGGUACCAAUACUUUCAUUUUUGCAUAAAAAUCUAAUAGCUCAUUUGUAACACCAUGUUUGAAUAUAUUUUUACCAAUAAAGUAUUUAUGGAAGAAUACCUUAGACUAUUGUAAUUGGCUUUUAUUUUUAUUUACUAUUUUAAUUUAUUCCUUUCAUACCCGGUAUCUGUUAACAUCCUUAAAGUACUGUUUCGAUAUCAAACAUUUCUUUGAAAUAAUUGUAUACAUGUUCUUCAGUUUUUCAAUCAACAGAUACAUUUGAAAAAAUAAAUGCAUACCUUAAAUUUUGUUUAACAAAUGUUUCCUCUACAUGAUGGUCUUGUUGUGGCUCUAUUUCUUGUUUAAAAUUUUAGCAUUACACCUAAAUGUGCUCCAACAGUUGUUAACAUUUAUUCCUUUUCAUCAUCAUUUAAACAUUUUAUUUGUACAAUUUUUGAAAUAAUUUAUAUCAAGGCUUUUUAUCAAUAUUUUUAAGGAUGUGAUGACUUGAAUUUCAUGGUUUGUCCAUUUAAUCAAUGUAAAAGAUCUUUCGUGUAGUUUUACUCAAAUACAGGAUAAAUUAUUGGCCUAUUUUUGGGCUCGAGUGUUUUAAUUCGGCUCUCCCAUUGUGUAUCACAGACUGGUUUUGAUGAGAAAUUGAUUUUAGAAUUUAUGUGGUAUUUCCAAUAUUUCUGUGGAAGAGUAGUCUCUAAAGAUGGACAAAAUAAAUAUUGAAAUUUUACAUUUCAAAUUAUGUGAUAAAUAGCAAUAGAGUUCAAAACAACCUGGAAAUUUCCAGGUGCUUAAACUGUUUUUGGGUGAAUGGUUAAAAUUUGUUAUCGCACAUCUUAAUUCACCUUUCAGAUUGAGCUGUUUUCAUACCCUUGACCUCCUAAAUAGGCAAUGAUAAAAAUUUUCCAUUGUUUUUUCUUUACUUCUUUAAUCACAAAAAAGUGUUACUGUUCUUAGGCAAUCAUCUAGUUUCACUUCAUAAUUUUAACCUAAAUUACUUAUAAUUUCAACGUGUUAGCCAAUGAAAAGAAAUAAAUUCUAAGAACUUAUGCAAAUAGCUUUUAAUACUCUGUAUUUUGUCUUGAUUAUUAAGCUAAAUUUCUUGUUAUCAAGUUCUCUUAUGAAAUAUUCAUUACUUUGAUGUUAUUAUGAUUAAGUAAUAUUCUUUUUUUAAAAAAAAAAAACAGCAACAUUUGAAAAAAUGUUGGAAGACAAAAAGAUCCCUGAUGAAACAAAGGCGGAGAUACGAAGAUUGCUUCCUUUGGUAAGCAUAAGAGAUAAGAGAUUUAAUCUCUAUCUAUUAAUUGCAUUCUUGGUUUAAUCUUCUUAUAAUAUCUUUCAUUUUUAAAUGCUCUAGUGACCAUAUUGUGCAAGAUUUAAUAAAUGACUAAAUACAAAAGUUAAUAACAGGUUUCGAGGUCGGUUGGUCAGCAUAGCUCAGAAAAUUUGCCAAAUCUGUUGUAGCUGUGAGCCAACUGUGUUUGUGGUUUGGUGGCAAUACAGUUUUAAAUUUAAGGAAAUCAGGUCUUGACAACUAAAGUAUUUUUCUUCUCUGAGAGUAUGGUAACGAGAAAUUUAAAAAGGACAAUAUCUGAAAAGAUACUUAUAGUACAGGUUAUUUACAGUUUGACAAACAUCUAAGUAUAAAUAACUAGCAAGAGACAAAGUGAAUAACUCUUGUAUAACAAAUGUUUUUACAGGUUAUCGACAGUAUGAUAAUCAUUUAAUCACAUGAGAUAACUCUGGAUGUAACAGGUUAUUCAAAGUAUGACGAAAAUACGUAACAAUAAACAUUUUUCAUAAUGAUUAAUUAUAAUAGAAGACACAAAAUGAGUAUCCAGUGGGUAAAUGAAAUGAUCCGUUAAUAAUAUUUAAUUUUACAGCAGUUAUGCUGUGAGGUUUAGUUUAAAUGAGAAGUACACGGGUUUGCGCUCUGAAUCUAUUUGAGAUGCAAGGCGCCUCGGGUACAAUCUCAAUAUAUUUAUGUUAGCAAUUAUCCCAAACCUUUUUUAAUCAUGGAGACCCUGAGGUACUACAUGAGAGAGUAAACCUAUGAUUCUACAUAUUCUACAUAAUUAGCUAUGACAUUUAUCAUCUAUAUAAACUUAACCAUAUAGUAGUACAUUUAACUAUAAUGAUAUGACCGUUAGGAUUCUACAAUCGCAGACACCAAGUCUAUAUUAUGUAGGACUUAACACAUAACAUUAUAUUCAACUUGAGCUCUACAAAGUAUAAUUAUUAUUUGGAUACUGGUGUACACGCUAAGUUUUAAACUUAGCACAUUACAGCAUGUAACUAGAACAAUAUAAAUUAUAGUUGUUAUUUGUAAACCCACAUACAAGCCGUACUAUAAAAGACAUGGCGUGCGGCCAUAUGUCUAACUAUGUUGAUAUCACUGUUAAAAGUUACUUUCCAUGAGCCUAACAAGUAAUUAAACUCAAACAAUCCUUAACAUGAUCAGUUAUGAACAUUAAUUGCCCAUCAAAAAAACAUAAUAAAAUAUACUCACACAAUAACGAUAUAACACAGCGGCCAGAUAGGCCGGUAAAAUGACAUAACUAAUGUUGCUUGCUACAAGUCAUCUCUAUCAAUUCAAAAUGAGCAUCAUACCUGCCUGAUAUAGGACAUGGGAACAAUGAUGUCAGCGUCAUGUCAUGGAACGGUCACUCUCCAUGCAUGAAUGACCAAACAAGGUUAGGGCUCAGCUCAUAGCAUUGUGCUACUUUUAAUUUCGGUGGAUUUGUAUUUAUUAUAGUAUAGUCAGGGGUUUGCCAACAGCUGUCAAAGUGACACUCAUAGUGUGUUACCUUACACACUGAGAGUGUGUUACCUUAUUACUGUUAAGUGGCACCUUGCCACACUUUAUAGCACUGUGUAAAGAUUCUAUGACUAAUUAUUCUUUAUUAUGUACACAUGUUUGCAUGAAAUCCUAAUCAGUACUACCCUUUACCUCUCAACAGACAUGUAAUACAUAGAUGACUAUGAAAACUAGUAAUUUAUUAUAUUUGUAAUCACCUGUUUUCUCUACAGAUUGAUGGCAUGAGUAAGGAUGAUAUGGGUAGGACACUUAGAGAAUACAAAAUGAAGUCCCCAAUAACUGGCAAUGAUCUCACAGAUCCUAUUGAGUUUAAUCUUAUGUUUGCAACCUCCAUUGGCCCUACUGGUCAAAUCAAAGGGUCAGUAAUAACACUGUUUUUGCAUCCUUAGAUGGCAUCUCUCUUGUAAUUAGGGGACAAACUUAAGCACUUAAGAAAGAAACUAUUUAAUUGAAGAUGAAGUAGUAACAAAAUUUUGUUUAUAUCUCAUGAUGACUGAUUGUAACAUUAUAUUAAAGUGAAUAUAUCUUUGAUGGAAAGAUAAGGGCCAAGUAAAACAAAUAGAAUAGAAAAAUUUACCCUCAUGCAUUAUAGCAGCGUACAGUAGAUGAAAUAUUGAUCUUAACAGCACUUUUUCAGUUAGUAACCAGAAUUGUUACAAUUUUGUUUUAGAAAUUUAAUUAAGCUUCUCUUUUAUUUAAUAAGUUAAAUUUUUUUCAGGUAUUUACGCCCUGAAACAGCACAAGGUAUUUUUGUAAAUUUCAAGCGUUUGCUUGAGUUUAAUCAGGGGAAACUUCCUUUUGCUGCAGCUCAAAUAGGAAAUUCAUUUAGAAAUGAAAUUUCCCCAAGAUCAGGUCUCAUUCGUGUGAGGUAAGAUGUACAAACUUUGAGUAUUAUUAUUCCAAUAGUAAACAAAGACUGUGUCAAUCUUAAAAGUAAAACAUUAGUUGAAAAAAGGCCAGCUUUGAAGAUAAUGUCUGUCACAUAUCUAAUAUUUAGAUAUCAAUUUUGUUUCGUAAAAAUAAUGUAUUAUUUGUUAAAUAGAAAUAACAGGAAGUUAAGGAAUUAUGGGAUGGAAUAGUCAGAGUUAACGGUCAAGGCGGUUGGCAAGGAUUCAUAUAUAUUUGGUGCUGGCCAUGUUUAUUCUAGUUAUAGAUCAAUAUCUUAAUAUUGAUUUGUGAAGUAGACCAAAGAAGUUAUAAAUGUGAUACCUAUAUUUAUUGUGAUCUUUAGUAACAUUAUUUCAUGUGAUGUGACGUAUUCAAGUAUUAAAUAUAGAGUGAUGCAAAUAGUUAUUUGUGUUUUAUUAUUAACUAUUGAUGGACGACUGUGAUUCAGGACAAGUAAUACAUGUAAAUUAUUAAAAGUAACGUAAUCAAAAUCAACACAUAUAUAUAUGGUACGUUACAAUGUCCAAUGUUUAAAGUAUUAAAUUGCCAUACAACAAAAGUGAUACUGUACAUUUUGACUCCUUAAGUUAUCUUAGAAAAAUGAAUAAUCUGUAAAUAUAUCUUUUUAGUUAAUUUGAUAAUAAACAGCACAUUAUAUUUUUUUGAGAAACAGAAAUAAUCAUUUCUAGAAAAUUUACUAAAUUGUUAUAUUUCAUUCCUCAGAGAGUUUACUAUGGCAGAAAUUGAACAUUUUUGUGAUCCAUCAGACAAGAGCCACCCUAAAUUUUCAAAUGUAGAAAAUCUUGAAAUGACUUUAUACUCAGGUUGCAACCAGAUGGAUGGCAAACCUCCUGAAAAGAAAACUAUUGGUGAAGCAGUUAGAUCUGUAGGUAUUUUACUGAUUAUAGACAGAUUUUGUAUUAACAAACUAAAAUAAUAAUUUUUUUACAUCAAUUUAAUUUUUAAAAUUAACUAAAUAUUAAGAAGCACAUUGUAAUUAGACAUGUGAAAAGCAUUUGAAGUGAGAUUUCUAACCAAUGUCAUAUUUUUAAACAGAUAAUCAGUAAAGCUAUCAAAUUUUUCCCAUUUAGAAACUGGUUGCCAAUGAGACAUUAGGUUAUUUCAUGGCCAGAAUUCAUCUUUUCAUGGUGAAGAUGGGUGUAGAUCCAGCACGCCUAAGAUUCCGUCAACAUUUGUCCAAUGAAAUGGCACACUAUGCUUGUGAUUGCUGGGAUGCAGAAUGUAAAACCUCCUAUGUAAGUGACACAUUACCUUUCACUUAAACUAAUGGCACUACAUGCACAUUAUGGAGUGAAGCGAUGAACUCAAAACUUUAUUUUUCAGGGGUGGGUUGAAUGCGUUGGAUGUGCAGACAGAUCCUGUUAUGAUCUAACACAGCACACAAAAGCAACAAAUGUUAAACUUGUGGCGGAGAAACAGUUGCCAGCUCCUAUAUCCUUUUAUAUAAUCUCAAGCAUUAAUGUGCUCUAUUUGACUAAAUAUGCUGUUAAAAUCUACAAAAAAAUAUUAAGUUGUUCACUGCAACUAGAUUUCAAGAAUAGACAUAAAUAAAUAUUAAAUAUUCACAUGUUGGAAAUAUAUCAUUAUGACAGCCUUGAAUUUUAUCUGUCAAUGUGUCAACAUUUUCUUAAGAUAAGUUAAUAGCAAUAUUAAUGAGUGAUCACCUUAACACUUAUCACAAAACAAUAGAUGUGACAGAAUGUGUACCACAGAAAAGUGCUCUUGGCAAAGUGUUCAAACAGGAGGCCAAGCUUAUAACUGACUAUCUGACAAAUGUGGCAACAGAUGAGAUCAAUAGCCUAGAACAAACUAUGAAUGAGAAAGGGUGAGGGUUGCAUUUUACUACUAUAUACCCGGUACUUACUUAAUUAUGUCUUUUUCCCUGCCUGGGACAUAGGCUAUCUACAAGAAUUUUCCAUUCAUCAUGGUUCUGUGAUUUCCUUUUCAGUUUCUUCCAGGUCUAUGCAAUAAUUUGUGUGUCUGCCUCUAGCUUUGGCCUUCCUCUCUUCCUUUUUCCCUGUGGAUUCCAUGUUAGCGCUUGGCAGGUGAUGCUAUCUGGGGGUUUACAAAGAGUGUGCGCUAUCCACCUCCAUCUUUUCCUUAUUUCUUCAGCAACAAGCUCUUGGUAUGUCCUUUCCAGUAAGUCUUUGUUGUUGCUCGAUGUUGUUCUCUAAGUUUUGGCUCCAUAUAGUAGGACUGUUUAAAACAUUCGUGUUGAAAAUUCUCACUUUGGUUUGCAGAGUCAGCUCCUUUUUUUUAACUCCAAUAUUUUCUUCAAUAGCCCAAAUGGGGACCUAGCCUUACCAGUUGUAUCCCUUACAUCAUCAUUUAUGCCAAUGGUGCUGCCCAAGUAUGCAAAGGGCUCCACUUUUUCAAGUGCAUUUCCAGCCAAGGAGAUAUGCCCUUGGUUUGCUGAGUUUACCUUCAUGAUCUUUGUCUUGCUUUUAUUUAUAUUGAGUCCGAGCUGUGCUGAAAUGGUGGCUACAUCUUUUGUCUUUUCCUGUAUUUGUUGCUGGUUGUGGGACGAAAUCUAAGUCAUUUAGUUGUUCCCAGGGUGUCCACUGUAUUCUGUUCAUCUUAGCCUGUGGAUUCUUUCAUUAUCCAGUCAUUGGCAAGGAUGAAUCAGAAGGGGGCUAAGAGACAUCCUUGUCCAACUCAUGGGUUUCCACUUUAAACUCAUCUUUGAGUUUACCUUCAUGUACCAUCCUGCGUGUCAUUUCUUCAUAAGAACUCUGAAUGAUCCUGACCAGUUUUCCUGGUACCCCAUAAUGCCAAAGAUUUUCCACAAGGUUUGUCGGUCCAUGCUAUCAAAGGCCUUCUCGCAGAUGAUUCAUUUUACUACCAUGUCUCUUAAUUCUUGUGUUAUAGAUGAGCAAUAAAGGGGGGUGUUUUAAUAUAAUAUACAAAUUAUAUAAGUGGUUGUACCACAAGUCUGCCACUUCUAAAGAUUAAUACUCAAAAGGGUCGAGAUUCAAUCUCUUAGGACCCUGGCUGUGAAACAUGGCCCAGUAGUCCCUGGGGACUCCGGCCAUGCAACUCGGCCCAAGUAAAAUUGGGUUUGGAACAGCUUUACUUCCUCUCCGGUGAUGACGUUGCGUUGCCACCACCACCGCCUGGGAUCUGUACGUUUUCCUUGGUGUGGGACGGCUUCUUUCCACUCCGGGAGUAGUUUCUGGCCUUAACUUUUCCUCCCACCGCCCUAAGAGUCGUCCGGGCAAGUUUUGUUCCCAACGAUUUGUUUCCCUCCGGGGAAGCGUUGCGUUGCCCCUUGCUCGCAGCUCCGGGAGCUUUCCGGACUGUGAAACGGCUUUAACUUCCUCUCCGGGGGAGAUGUUGCGUUACCUCGGCCCACCGUUCUGGGAGCUGUUCGGACUGGACAUGUCGGGACGAAACGGUCGCCUAAGGGUGGCUUUCUCAGGGCCACGUCUUUUUAAUCACUGGCAAGGGUUUAGGCGGUCACCCUACUGCCUCAUACCCGUCACCGGCAACACGUAAUCAUGUUAGCGCUUAACUUCCGUUGCGUUAGAAGUCAUGCGUUUUGCAAGAGAGUUAUUGGGUUUGAGCAAAAUAUCUUCCUCCCAGUGAAGGGGGGCUUUGCGUUACCACCCCCUAGCUCAGUGGGUCUUCCGAUUUGGGACGUGUGAUGUUUGGCUUCUGGGAGCACGCCCAUACUAGUCUUCCGCGCCGCGAAGAGGCAGAUCACGUGCGACAUUGCCUCGAGCAUGGCAAUGUGACCUUCCCGAGGGAAAAGUCGAAGAAGUCUGCCACUAAUUACUUUCAUUGCACUAUAAAGCUACAUAAUUUUUUUGUUUAAAUUGUCGAAAAGGAACAAAUGACUAGAGAGAUUUUAUUGUUGCAUUUAAAAAAAGGAAAGAUAGGUCAAUGUUCAAAUUUUAAAAUGAAAAAUUUCAAUUAAAAAAUAACUUAGGGUUUAAUAAUUUAAAACUGAGUCAAUUUUAUCAAUGGUCCAUUUUUUGCUGUAAAUAAAAAAUCUAGUACAAAAGGAUGAUCCCUGGGUGUCAGGACAAUGUGACUAUAGGCAAUGUUCCCUUUAAGCUGCGCGGCUGCAGCUGCGUGGCCGCGCAGUAAUCUCACAGACACCGUGCAGCAGUUUUGAGUACCCCGCAGCUAAUCUCCACUUAAGUGUGUGUUUGUGUCUGUAGGCUGUAAAAUUUUGCGCACAAAAAAAUUGAUGCUGUAAAAAUUUGCAUAAAAGUUUAUGAUUUUGCUCACGAACCAACAAACCUUAGAGGGAACAUUGACUAUAGGGAUGUUUUAAUUAGGAAGCAUAGGCCAUAUUCACUGUAAAGGCCUUUUCUAAUGGCUCUGCUCAUUAUGUUAGGCACAGGUCAAGGAUCACUAAAGAGCUGCUGCUAAUGGAUUUGAGUUGUGGAUUAAGUGCAUACUCCCAAAUGAUAGAAAUUAUGCACACUAUCAUUGAAGGGGGUAUUUUAAGAAAUCUGUUUUAUUAAAGUCUGUUGUACACUGAUGUUCUGCUGCAUAAAUUGUUUUAAAUGCAAUUAAUUCCCUAGUAAUGGUUUGCUGUUUAAUAUUUUUUUUAUGUUAUCAAUCAUUUUACAGAUCUGCUGAAAUAAAUAUUGGAGGCAAAUCUUUCUCCCUCACUAAAGAUAUGGUCCAAGUGAAGAGAUACCAAAAAACAUUACAUGGUGAGCACUCCUCUUAAUUAGGUCUGUUAUGACUUUGAUUUAAAAUCAUUUCUUAAUGAAAAUUAUGUUAUCAGUUGGGCUUGGAGCAAAAACAGGUUAAAACACAGCGGUAAAAUUUUCAUCUUGUGUCAUCACCUCUAUUCUCGACAGCAGCUAACUCUGCUUGAAUCAUUGACUGCUUCCAAUUAUUGACUGCUUCCGCUUUCCUUUAGGGCUGUAUAGUGAUUACAGCUAUGUGCUGCUGUAUUCUUUUUUUAAAGUGGGUUUGAGGGGUAGGGGGUUUAAUGACCCCUGUAAAGUCAUCUCCAGGCUGUGUGCUGCUUAUGCUUAGGACUUUGACCAAUGACCAUAUAUUAGUGAUCACAGUACCUGAUCCCAUUAUAUUUUUAUCAUGUUUGAUGGAAUGAUCUAGGCGGUGAAUGUCUGGCAUGAAAAUUUUGUAAUUUUCCUUGUUAUCCAUGCAUAAUUGGUAGGUUGCAAUGAAACUGGCUUGCACAGUUUAACUGUAUGAUUUAUGUUUGUACUUUACCAUGUUGAAGACAACAUUGAAAUAGUUUUGAAGCCUUGGCAGCUGUACUUUUUACAAUCAUUGUUGGGAAGCAAUCAGUAAGGUAUCCCAAUGUCUUGGGUUUAAAAUCCCGGCGACACUGAAUGUCCAUAUCUGGGGAAUAAACAAGUUCUAUAUGAAAGCUAACAAAUGCAAAAAUAGUCGGAUGUGCAGGAUAAUCUCGGAGCAAAAAAAAAAAGGUACAAUAAAAAAAAUUGUACAUAUCAGAAGACAAGUUCAGUUUCUAGACACUUGAACUCAUUGUGUUAUUUUAUGUUUUUCAGUUGAAGAAAUCGUCCCAUCAGUCAUUGAACCAUCUUUUGGGAUUGGGAGAAUUAUGUAUUCAAUCUUUGAACACAAUUUCAGAAUUAGAGAGGGCGAUGAGCAAAGAACAGUAAGUCAUCAGUUCAUAUAGUGAUGCUCAUAUAUAUUAUACAAUAAAUUAAUAUAAACUUCCUUAAGGGCAGUUCUUAAUUUUUUACAAAAAGUUAAUUUUUUGUUUAUGUCAUGCAAGCUAUUUUGUUCCAACUUAGAUUCAAAUUAUUUGUAUGUUUUUCCUUCUACAAGUACCUAUCAUUGCCUCCAUUGAUUGCACCCUACAAAUGUUCUGUGCUGCCUCUCAGUCAAAAUCCUGAUUUUAACCCCUUCGUUCAGACACUGUGUAAGUUUUACAAUUUAUGUCAUGAAAUCAGUAUACAAAAAUUUAACAUAUACUAGAUUUAUUCAUUAAAUAUUGAUGACUUCCUUGGUCACUGUUACAUCUUUUAAUAUUUAUUAAAAAUUAAUUUUGUGUGUUUCAUUUAUUAUUUUGUUAGCAUUUUAAUAUAUAUUUUAUGUGAAGGAUUUGAUUUUGAAAAAGAACAUUAAAAAAAGUAUACGAGGUUGUUUUUUUUUCCCACAGCCUCUGCAUUGACCAAUUUGGAUAUAUCUCAUAAAGUUGAUAACAGCAGUGGUUCCAUAGGACGUCGUUACGCCAGGACUGAUCAGAUAGCUAUACCAUAUGGAAUAACAGUUGACUUUGACAGCUUGAAAGAACCUCACUCAGCAACUCUUAGAGAGAGAGAGAGCAUGAAACAGAUCAGGGCACCUGUAAGAUAGCCAAUUCUAACUUCUAGAGCUGUUUUCUUUUUAGUUUUAUAAUAAUUGAUGCAUUAUUUUAUCGUUAUUCAUAUAUUUCAAUAAUUAUAAAAAAAUUAUCCUUUGAUUUAGGUUUCUGACUUGCCUCAAAUUGUCAAAGACUUGGCAGAUGGAAGACGAACAUGGGAAGAUGUCCUAAACAACUAUCCUGUAUUUGAACAGCAAGAAUCAACCAAGGCAGAUUAGGAAGUCAGCUUCUUUUCUCCAGUGGCUAUAUUCUGAUACAUUUUUUGACAGUUGUACUUAAUGGUUUUUGGAUCAAAUUGCUGAGACAUUUCCUGUGUCACGUAUCAUUGGGCUAAUAAUAUUUGGUCACAUUGUAUCUGCAAUGCGCUACCAAAAAUUAUAAAUACAUUAUAAAAUGUUGGCUUUUUAUUAACAAACCAUACUCACAAGCUACAAAAGUUAAUAUAAUCGCUUAAAUUUUUCUUUACUUAAAAAGUUGUUUACAAUUUGUGGUGUUUGAAGGAGUAAUUGAUCAUUUAAAAUUUUCAGAGUUCAUGUAAUUUAAAGCUGUUAUGGUUAUUCAGUUUCAAGAAGUGGUGAUGGUGUUUGAUUUUGGUGAGGGAAUUUUUAAAAGGUUAUGGCUAUAUAAAUAAUUAUGUAGUGAAUUCAUUAACAAAAAGAAAUUUCUAUCUUGAAUAUGAGACAUCAGAUCUUGAAGUAAAAGCAAAUUAAUUUGAAACAUUUAGUUCCUAGCUUGAAAUGAAAGGCAGUGAUAUGAAACAUCUAUAUGAUCUUAUUUUUCACCCAUGUUUUACCAUUGGAGGACUUCUUUUUUAUUUAUGGUUACUUCCCUAAUUGCAUUUUAGACUUUUUAAUACAAAAAAUAUCAAUGGUAUAUCCCACCUGUUUUUCUUUUUUUUUUCUUUUGUCUUAUUUCAGAAUACUUUUUAAUCACUAUACUAACACCAAGCUUUAAUUUUGUACGGUUUUAAUUGUUUAUAGAUUUAUUUUGUGUUUGUCUCCCAGUAAAGUACUUUGAACAAGCCACAUAGUAGAUUUUAGAAUCAAAAAUCAUGAGGGAAAAAAAAUGCUUUUUUGUUUUAGAUUAUUUACUUGGGUUAAAGUUGACAUGUUAUUUAUAUUUCAAUACUGUCUCCUCUAAUGUGAUCUACUGAAGUGUUUUUUUUUAAAUUUUCAGUACCUUAGGAUUUUUAUCACAUAACUUUUAUUAAAAGUUUUAUAAGUUUAGCAGUUUGAAUAUUACUCCAUAACUGCUGAAGUGGCUACAAAAUGUAUACGGUAAUAAAACGCUUUAUGUUAUGAAUUGAAAAACAUUUAAAACAUUUUGAGUGAUGAGGUAGCCCUUAGAAUAAAUAAAAUGUUGAUUAUAAUAUGGAUAAUUGAUUACGUUCUCCUGUGACCUUUAAAAAAUGCACAUUUGAGCACAAAUUAGUUUUUGUUAUGACCAUGACUUUAGCCUUAUGAAUUUGACAGGUAAUUACUGCAAUUAUUGUCUGACUAUUCGCAUUAUGAAUGACAUAAGAAUUACCUUUUUAAAUACUCCUAUGUUAAAAUAGAUUCCAGUGCAGUGUUCUUAUGACUGUCAAAAUAAAUAUUUCCAAAUAAAAGGCAUGCCAAUUCAUUAUCAUUAUUCAUUUUUGUUCAGCUUUACUUUAAAUUUGUUUCUCAGUUUUUUUUGUCGAAACCAAAAGGAACUGAAUUUUGAAAAUACUUAAUUAGAUUUUUUUAAAAUCUUGUACCUGAUAUGAAUGUUUAAAAUGCCUUGAAUCUUAAUGGCAUGUAAGCUAUUCCUGUAGGUCAGUUUUCAAGAGUCAAUUCUGUAAGUUUUUAAUUUUACAACUGUAUUGCAUUUAAGGUACCAGCAUGACUUUUUGUCUGUGAAAUAAAUAUGUUCUUCUUUUGUAAAGACUGUUAAAGUUAAAGCAUU